UUGAAGCACUUCGUAUGAAACAUGGGGCUCCGUCGAAAGAUCCUAUAAUUGUCACUUCGGAGCAAAUUAAGCGAUUCCCGAAUAUAAGGUUUCUUUCGUUGUGUGAGGUAAACUGCCAAGGUGACUUUAUGGGCUGUCUUUCCGAAUUGAAAUGGAUCAGUUUGGAUUACGAUUAUGCUAUUCCUCCUGGACCUGCCGCUGCCCAUUGUCAACGGCUUGAGGCAACUAAUUCGUGGCAUCUAGAAAACGUGGUUGUGUUGAAUCUUUCUGGGGUUGAUAUCACAGAAGAUGUGUUUCGGAGCCUAAUCAAGGAGGCAAGGAAAUUGAAGGUUCUCACUCUUUGUUAUAAUACGCUGAUACAUGGGAAACCAACUUUUCCCCGGAACUCAAGUUUAGAGAAGUUGACUAUUUCCAAUUUUCUUUCCUUGAAGGAAAUUGAUCGCUCUAUUGGGAAACUGACGAAGCUAACUGACUUGAGUUUUGAGUUAUGUGUUGAAAUUGAAAAAUUGCCUCAACAAAUUGGAGAAUUACGGGAACUGCAGCACCUCUCUCUUAGGAGUUGUGAUAGCUUGAGGGAACUCCCCGACUCGGUUUUGAAAUUAACGUCGUUAAUGAAGCUGGAUGUAUGGGGCACCAGAAUUACAAGGUUACCAGAUUCCAUUGAUAGACUAUCAAGCCUAUCAUCUGUCAAUGCAUCAUUCACAUCGAUUGAAAAACUGCCCAGUACAAUGAGCAAGCUUCUUUGCCUCCGAACACUGCAUUUGAAUAAUUGCAAUCAGAUACAAGAGCUGCCGGAGCUCCCUAGAAGUUUGACCACUCUACAGUUGACAUCUACUUCGUUGGUGACUGUCCCUAACCUCUCAUACCUUACUAAUCUAGUUGAACUGGCCCUGUCCGAUGGCUCUGAAUCUGUUGCCGAAUCAGAUAUAAUUCAAACUUGCGACUUGCAGUGGAUUGGGAGUUUAUCCAGACUGAGCAAGCUGCAAUUUUGCUUUUCAAAUGUCUGCGUUUCGACUAUGGAGUUGGGUUCCCUUUCUCAGCUGAAAGAACUUAUUCUACAUGGACUAGACGUGCCAGCUUUCAAACGACUUCCAUCAUCAGAGUUGAUGGUUCUAGAGCUCUACGACACUCGAGGGAAACAAAUACGGCUUCCUCCAUCGAAAAAGGAGACUGCAACCGUUGCAUCAAGUUCGACAAAAUCGGAAAAAAGCAAGGUGUUACGGCAAAUUGAAAUUAUUUUCACGGAAGGCCAUAAAUCAUCGGAUGGGUCAGUUCAUCUGCGGGAGGAGCCGGGGUGCAAUGAGCUACAAGCUCCCGAGUUGAUUGAUCAUUGGAGGGGAGACUUCCAUUUCCCAAGCUCCAUAAAUACGCUUCGAAAACUCGUUCUGUGGGGGUGCCCAGGGUUAGAGGAUAUUCAAUUUGUUCCUACGCUGUUGUUAAUAUUGUCUGUUGGAGGGUGCACUUCAUUAAAAAGAUUAGGGGGUUUGUCAAACUUGAAGUACCUGACGGAGUUGACUCUUAACCGGUGCUGGAACCUGCAGGUUGUCGAGGGCAUUGACGAGUUAAAGUUUUUGCAUCAGUUGACAAUUGAUCGGUGCGGAUCAGUGGAGAGGAUUCUUGAUCCAUCGAGCUCAAAAAUACCAGAUAAGUGCUCAAUAAGCAUAAAACGUAGUGGGAAGUUACCUGAUUGUGGUCGAUCUCACAACUCUUGGGGGUCUUACAAAAAGAUUCUAAAUGGAACUGAAAUUGAAACGGCAGACUCUGAAACAGAAACAACGCAUACAGAAACAGAGGGUUUUUAUAUAACAGUGCAGGGGAACUUUAUAUUUAGAUUCGAUAAAUCUGAAACAGAAACAGGGGAUGCUCCGGUACACCUCUCUGCUAUUGUUACAGUACCGGACAUGAACUCUAUAAUUGAAAGAGCGGACUCUGAAACAGAAUCAGAAUCAGAAUCAGAAACAGAAACAGAGGAAAGGGUGCGCCUUCUUUCUAUUCAUAGAUCAUCGCUGUUUCUUCUGCUUUACUUGCUUUCUAUUUCUGCUUUAUUAAAAUUCCCGAUUUACUGGGAAUCUCCAUAUGCUGUCUGUGUGUCCACUUCGGUGGCGAGGUGAGGGAUCUUACAUCCCUCACCAUCUAUAACGAAAGGGCCUUUCUUAAGAGAAAUUUUUAAGAUACCUCAACUCAACUCACCUUAUCGUUUCCUUCUGCAGGCAGAGUCGGUAAAACGAAAAGGACAAAGAAAGUUCGAUUAUUUUGCGUGAACAAUGGAUUGAAUUGCGA